AGACAAUAUGCUGGUGAGGCUGCGAGGAGGACCAGAGUUUUCACACACAGUCCUGGUUGAGAUGGAAGAGUGACCCUCUGUGGACGGACUACUUUCCCCCCGUGUGGACAAAGUGACCUGCACAGUCAUGAACAAACUAGCCAAAGCUCUGUAUGACAACACGGCCGAGUGUCCAGAUGAGCUCGCCUUCAGAAAGGGCGACAUCGUCACGGUGAUGCAUCAAAAUGUGGCCGGCACCAGCGGCUGGUGGAUGUGCUCUCUGUAUGGACGCCAUGGCCUGGCCCCUGCAAACAGACUGAAGCUCCUACCCCAGGGUGGACUCACUGCAGGCUCCUUAAGCCAUGUGACAGAGAAACCCAAGUUAACUCAUGCUGAAGCUGGUGAAGGUGUGCAGAACAUCUACCAGAUCCCAAGCGUACCCCGACCCACCAGUAGCCCUGCUUAUGAGCGCAUGGACCUGAUCUACAAGGUCCCGUCCACUCCUUUAUCAGCUUCAAAAAGUCCAAUCCCAUCAGCACUUCAGCACGGCGCAGAAGGACCUGACGGGAACAAGCUUUGUUUCUUCAACAUGGCAUCCAGUCCAAAAAGGGAGGUCUACGAUGUCCCGAGCCAAGCAAGACGAGCUUCUCUGUUCACCGAAAUACCAACUCCCAAACAAAUGUCAAAAAAACACUCGCUGAUUCCAAUUUCGGAGCUGGAGAAGAGAUUUGACUCUCUGGAGAGUAUAAGGUGCAGCAGUCCAGGAGACUCUUAUGUCUAUGCAGUUCCACCACCUCUGCCACAGGACCCAAACUACGACAUCCCAGUCCCCUCAUCCACCGAAUCCCAGCAGAAGAGCAUCGGGGGAUACUGCACCCUUCCCAACCCUCGCAAGCCCGAGUGGAUCUACGAUGUGCCCGUGGGUCCUGAGAAACUAAGUCCAGGCCAAGGCUCCUAUGAUACAAUGCCAUCCAAAGCCAUUUGCAGGCAGCUCUAUGACACUCUCCCAGCACAUGCUUUGCCCGUUCAAAGAGACAGUCCAACUUCCUCACUUUAUGAUAUACCAAAAUCCAGUUGUCUUGACAUCCCAAGUCCACCCAGAGUGUUACCAAGGGUCCCACUUCACAACAAGCCCCCACCUCAGAGUCAAACAGAGGAGUUGGUGUAUGCCGUUCCACCCAAAGAGGAACCCGCUACACAAGUUGUCAGUGAUCCCCCCAGUGAUCAUAAACCCCUAGAGUGCAGAGGUGCCCCAAAAAGUAUUUAUGAACUCAAAAAUGUGCGUCUGAAGCGGAUGAGGAACUUUCUGGCCUGUACAUCCUUCCAUGAACUUCCAGGAAGUGUGGGGUCAUCGGUGCAGGAGGAUGAGCAAGCUAAAGCCUCACUUCUCACUUCAGCAGACAGUCAAAGAAUCAGCACAGCCUCCAGCUCCUCCACCAGCUCCUGCGACUCUCUGGCGCUGAGCUCGUCUUCUCCCGAGCCUCUACGAGAACUAACGCUCAGUCAGGAUGAGGCCUGCCGCAAACUUCUGGGCCUGCAGGAGUCUGUUUGCAAGGCUGUGCCUCAACUCAUGGACUUUGUCAGCAGUCACUGGAGGUGCAAAGAACAUCUCGAGAAACACCUCAAGGAGAUCAAAGAAGCCGCAGAGGGGAUUUCAUGUUCUCUGACAUGCUUUCUAAACUUUGCCUUGGAUGUUAAGGGCAACGCCCGCCGUUUGACCGACACCAACCUGCAGACCAGACUCUAUAAGCAGCUGUCCAUCAUAGAGGACUCUGGUGUGAUCCUACAGCAGACAGUGAGUGCUCUGAACAUGGCUGGCUGGCCACUCAGCUCCCUCUGUCAGGACCCGGGCCAGAUCCAGACACCUGACCAACUGGAGCGCUUCGUCAUGGUGGCACGCACUAUUCCAGAGGACGUCAAGCGACUGGUGUCCAUCAUCAACGCAAACGGCAAGCUUCUAUUCAGAGCUCCUCAGAAAGAUCCAGAGUCCGGUAACACCGUAAGUCCUUCAGAGACAAAGAGGAGUCCUGAAGAAACUGAACAAGGAGGGGACUUGGAGGAUGACAAUGACUAUGUAGAGCUUCAGACAAAGGAUGAAGAAAGUGAGCAGAAGGACGGGCAGAAGGAGGCAAAAGAAAACAUCACACCAGCCUCUAACAUAGCACAGGCUGAGAACAAGCGCCACUCCUCCGACUCUGGCAGUGGCACAGAAGAACAGCGAUCAUCGUCCCUGUCAGAGCACUGUCGACUUUAUUUCGGUGCUCUCCAAAAAGCCAUCGGGGGAUUUGUGGGCAGCCUUCAGGAUGGCCAACCCCCAGAACAGUUCAUCUCGCAAAGUAAGCUGGUGAUCAUGGUGGGCCAGAGGCUGGUGGACACCCUGUGCAGGGAGGCCCAUCGUGGAGGGUCCAGCCAAAGCCUCCUGUGUAAGAGCAACCACCUGUGUGCUCUCCUGAAGCAGCUGGCUGUGGCCACCAAGAAGGCAGCGCUGCACUUUCCGGAUAAGCAAUCUCUGUACGAGGCUCAGGAGUUUGCAAAGGAACUGGCCCAAAGAGCACAGCACUUUCGGAUAUCGCUUGACCUUUGAGAGCGCAAAGCAAAACAAAAUGUUUUAUUCAUCAGUCAUGUAGCUUUUUCUUUUUAAAAUAAUUUCAUAAGUUUGUUGUUCAGGCUUUGCUAAGCUGUUGUUUUUUUGCUAAAUGUUGUUUAAAAUAUGAAGGAUGAUAGAAAAGCCGCUGGGACGGGCAGAAGAAUUCAAACAGUCGUUGCAUUUGUACCAAAGUCAUGGAGUUCUGAAAUAAAUUGCACAUUUAGGAUGCUGUAAUCAAGACGAUUUCAAAAUGCGAUUUAAGUAUGAAAUAUAAUUUGUUUAAUAUAAUGUACAGCAAAGUCAUGUUCUUUGAGUAUUGUUUGUCAUGUGGAUUUCUUUUGUUGUUUUUUACUUGACUGUGUAAGAAUUCUCCGGGUAGUAGUUUGAUACCGUCUACUGUUUGUGAAUAUUCAUGUAAAUAUCCUUAAAAAUGUGUAAUGCAUUCCCAAACUUUACUUGAGAAAAGACUGAGGACAGCACAUGUUUGAUUUUUAUUGAUAUUAACAUUAAAAACUGUGUAUUGUUGAUCAUC